ACCAAAUCAUAAAACAGCUGUUACAAAGAAGACCAGCCAAGACAGCUAGUUGAACUGAUGUGACUGUUAGACUAAUGCUCGGCGUCACAAAUCGUAGGGAGAAAAGGUUGAUUUCGUUAAUUUUGCUGCCCAAUCUGAAUGCCAUAGCAGUCUCAAGGGCAGUAAGUCGACCUCUGGAAGGAGACAUCCAUGCCAAAAAAACUAAAAUUUUGCAGGUCGAUUUGAUAUAAAGACCAGUAAAAAGGAAAGUCAAAACAAAUAUUUUGCAGAUUAACAGCUAGCCGCCCAAGCAAAGGUUGCAGAUAAAGACACGCCUAAAUUGUGAAGUUAUGCCAAAUUUAGACUUGCAGAUCCAGGAAAACAUUCAAUAGAAUGAGCUAGAAUUUGUAGAACUUGUAGAAAAUCUCUGAAAUUCUAGAUCGGAGCAGAAAUGUGAAGAGAAACAAGCCGAAAUACCAAAUAUUACAGAUCCAAACAUUUCAAAAUGAAGAUCAAUUGUCCACAUUUGCAGAUUUCAAUGAAAAAGUACAAAUGUAAUGCAAAUGCAAGCUCAUUUAGGCAAAUGAACAGAAACUUCCACCAAAUAUCUGCAAAACAAGCAAUUGAAAUAUCUACCAUAUGGUCUCGCAAAGAUCAAUCUUAACAAAUUUGAGCAGAUUUCUUCAAACACUUCUAAAGGAACUAAAAAAAAAUUCAGUAUUUACGAAAAAGCUCUUCAAAUUUUCAAGAUAGCUGCAAGUUUUGCUAAUAUUUUGCAUAGAACAACAAAUUUUGCAAAUAUUUUCACAUAUCUGCAAAUCUCCUUAAAUUUCAACAAAAUUUCAAAAAAUUAGUUGAAACAUGAGAAUUUGUAAAUUUUGAACAAAGUUUGCGGAAUAGUUGUAGAUCUAUGUUGAAUUUGCACAAACCAAGCUGAAUUUGCAGUCCACACUUCAAAUCUUCACGAUAAUAUCGAUGAAGAUUCUUCCAGGUCUUCCAGAUGACAUUGGCAGAGAGUGUUUGCUAAGGGUGCCAUUAACCUCACACUACAAGCUGGCCCGUGUUUGUAAAAUUUGGAAAGACAAUGUUUACAAUCCGCUCUUCUAUCAAGACAGAAAGAGGUCUGGUCUGUCUCAGAAGUUGAUCAUACUACCCUGCUCGGAUGAAAGAGGUUGCAGAAUAAAGCUUUACAACCCUCUCCAAAACUCGUGUGAAACCCUGCCGCGAUUUCGCUUUAAAUAUCCAUAUUUUUCAGGUUGCUCUUACUGUGUUCCCUUCAACCACAAAUUGCUCAUCAUGGGCCUUCUUAGCGACUCGCCACACUUCACAAAUCAUAAAGCACUUGUCAUCUACGAUUUUUCCUCUGGGAAAUGGAAGCGAGGUCCCGACCUUCCCGACCGCAGAAAUAAUCCCUGCUGUUCGCUAGACUCAGCUAAAGGAUUGAUUUACAUUGCUGGAGGACGGCACAGUGAUGAGGGGGAAUUGCGUACAGCCAUAGUUUAUGAUAUACAGGAAGAGAAAUGGGAGUAUCUUCCGCCCAUGAUUUGGAGCGGAUAUAAUUGCCAUAGUGUGUUUACUGAUGACAAGUUAUAUGUGGUGAGCCAUGCGAAGGGGCAUUUACAGACCUAUGACCCUAACAGACGACAAUGGAGCGCCAUAAACAUGCAACCUUCUUUUGCUGCGUUCGAGCGGAUUUAUCACAAUUUCCACGAACCAGUUAUAGAAUGGGAUUAUUUGGAAAAUCAAAUUCUGCGUGAUCCUGAACUCCGCUCAUUUAUAGGUGCCACAAUGUGGAAUCGACAGAUAUUAAUGGCUGUAGUCGGUAAGGAAGAAGCGAGGUUCUUUUAUCUGUUUGAGCCUUCAAUACCGGGAGAGGCAGGAAAAGAAGACAACUGGACACUCCUCAGAACUUUUUCUGAAACAGAGCUCCCAGACGUAGUCACUACAAUUGGAGUUCUGACUUUGUGAUUCUUCCCACUAUCGAAAUUGUAAUGUUUUCCGAAUCUUCAUAAAGUGAAAAAUCUGUCCACUUAUGCGAUUGUGAAAAAUCGGUGUUCUAAGGAUUUCUGAAACUUAAAAAACUAAAAAAUAAAUCUAAUUUGGGCUUUCCAUCGGUUGAAAAUUUUCA